AUGCUGGGCUCCCGUGUGCUGCUCUGCCUCUGCUCCAUGACCUGCUGCCUCACUCUGCUGCCGGCAGCUGGGAACACGAUCCUCCGCUUUGGCCCCUGUAGGAUUUCAGUGAGCAUGAGUGAAAUCAGGGCUGGCUUCACCGCCAUCAAAACCAACAUUCAAGCCCGGGACCCCAUCAGGACGCUGAGCAUCCUGUCCCAUCCACACUCCCUUCACAGGGUCCAGCCUUCAGAUAAAUGCUGCAUGGUCCACAAGGUCUUCAACUUCUACGUGGACAAAGUCUUCAAGCACUGCCAGACUGAGAAUUCCUACAUCAACCGGAAGAUCAGCAGCAUAGCCAACUCCUUCCUCAGCAUCAAAAGGAAACUCGAGCAAUGUCAUGAUGAAAACAAGUGUUUGUGUGGACAGGAACCCACUGAGAGAUUUAAGCAGAUACUUGUGAACUAUGAAGGGCUGAACAUCACAUCUGCAGCAAUGAAAUCCCUGGGCGAGUUGGACAUCCUGCUGGACUGGAUGGAGAAAUCCCCAUAGAGAGGAACUGUGUGCUAACAGAGCUGCUGGGGGGCUGCACACCUCGGGAAUGCACUGUCCCAGAGCCAUUUCUUGCUGACUGUUUGAUCAAGCACUGAGUGUGCUGUCAGGCACAGGAACAGGCACACGCAUCCACAGGGUCUUGCAUUUGGAUGGCAAUGUGGAGUUGGCUUGAAUCAACGGAGCGUCCACAUCUCCGACUUCUAUCAAACGACACUUUCCAAAGGGAGAAUUUUAAAGAGUUCUCUUUAGCAGCCAAUAAGCUAUGAUAACUUAAUAAAAGUAUUGUUUGAAUUAUCAACUCUUUGCAUGAGGGCUGUGUGUUCACGAGCACCGAGUGCCUGGCUGAGCUGCUCGCAUAGAGCUGAUGUUACAGAGCUGCAUUUGCCACUCUGGGCUCAGCUCUGGCUGAAAGGAGGCGAUGGGUGACAAACACUUGCAGAAUAGGUCCUUGCAGGUACUGCAAGCCAAGGAAAUCUGUGUUUCCUUUCCAGGUGAUGUUUUCUGCAGUAUCAGUGAAAUGAAGUGUUCUAUGGAAGAUAUGUGGUUGCUGAAUAGAAGAAAUCUCCGGUGUGCAUUUACUGACAGUCAGCAGGAGGUUUGUGGAAGGCUGAUGUGCUUACUGUAAACAAAGCCAGCCUGAAACUGUGCUGAGUUUGCGCUGAAUUCUAUCAGAAUUCAGAGGAAUUGCAUUUCGAGUUGGUGAAACUCAGAGCUCGCCGUGGUGCCCUCUCAGAGCCAGCACAGCCCCUGCAAUCAGAUGCACCACUUAACCUAUGGCCGUGGCUCUAAUGCCUGGCAACUUCUCUUUCUAGGAAAGAAAAACCCACCCACAAGUGAUGUUGGGUUAUUCGUAAGAGCAGUCAGGAAGCAGAAGGUGUCUGAUUUUGUUUGCUUUUAGAUAUGAGUGGAUGUGCUGGUGGAGGUGAAGCGCAAGGUUUCAUCCUGCAGCAGUGGGGCUGCAGGGGGAGGAGGAGCGCCCUGCACUGCACACCCCCCCAUGCUGGAAACUCCAAAAUGUAAACUGGAGUGAUGUGAAAACAGCCCUGUUUGUCCAUGGGAUCACUUCCAUUGUGCACGAUGGAUAGCCUCCCAUCCCUCUUUUGGGCUCUUUUACCCUCAAGUGGCUGCACACGCAGAGGUCGCUCACCAUCCUUGCUCACAUAUUUGCUUAUGCCAGAAAGGAAGUGCUUCCAGGGCCCUCCUUCACCUCAUUUACUUUCCCAUGUACAGCAUUUUGCAGUGUGACUUCCAUUCUCCUUAUCCAUGUACUCAACCCCUGCAGAGGAAAGGCUGCCCUGAGGCAGGUGGAGGAGGAAACUGCUUCACAAAGGGACAGAGAAAGGGGUUUUCUCCUGCUGGAGAUUUCCAAACCACAGCAUUCUCCUGCAGCUGUAUUGCUGCUCAGCCCCUGGGGAUGUGUUUCCUAUUGCACCAGAACUGUUCAUUCACUUCCAGCAACCAUGGGCAGGCACAGACCCAUCCUGUCCUUGCUGCUCCCACUGCUGCCCGGUGCCGUGGAGGGGAGGAUGCAGCAAUGCUCCUUAUUCCUUAUGUUUUACCACUUGCUGUCAGAGAUGCACAUAAACAGGACAGAACCAGGGAACCUGAGCAGGUCAGUGCUAUUUCUGUCCAUCCCCUCCAUCCUCUCUGCCUCUCACCGCCCUGGCUGCUGCCUGGGGAUGUGCAGAACUUCGUGUGUUCAGGGCAAAUUGCUGCUUCUUUGUCACAUCUCCAUCCUCGCUGCUCCUGCAAGGCUUUAUCUGUGGGGUGUUUGGCUCUCUUCACCAGGAUCUGACCUACAGGCAGCAGCGUGGCCAUGCACAAAUAAAUUGCUUUUCUCUGUUGAAUAACCCACUCUCGAGGAUAAGACCAGGAGACAACACUGUUUUAAUUACAGUCAUCAUUGCUUCUGCCUGGACAAGCACAAAACCAGCCAGGGAGGCUGACCGCUGGUGCCUAUUGCUUAAUCAGUUAAAUGGGUUGUCAUAUUAAUUAACACCAUUCUGUGCUUUCCCCUUGCUCUGCCACAGACUGAGAGCCCGUCUGGUCUGCUGAAAGCUGCUUGUAUCUUUAUUGGACAUGAACAACCCCAGGCACUCCUGGUCUGCAGCUGCUGCCCUAUGACCAGGAGAGCAGAGGGAAAUCAAAAGCAAAAGGCUAAAGAGAUU